AUGACUACUGGACUUGACACCAAGUUGGGCAAGCUGAGGACCUCAAGGACUUGCGCCAAGUUCGCAAAGUUGCCGACCAAUGGCCCACUACCUCCGAAACUGAGCGGAUACGCUACGAGUCCUACCCAUGGCUAUGAGAGGAUGUGUCGGCGGGAGCGCGCCACCGGUGCGAUGCGCAACACGAGCGUCUUUGCCAUGUCUCUUGGUUACGACAGAGGUGUUUACGGUGGGAGCGUGGCCGGCAUCUGGGCCUUGAUGGACUCGGCAUUUAUGUUUGACUACUCGGCCGCGCGCUCCAAUAGGGAUCUCGGUAGCAAGAUCAUCGACGCUUUUGCCACCGUUCGUGGACUCGACACAGGCAACCCCGAACUAAAUGCGCACCUGCUGGACGUUGCCACCGUCAUGGCAUGCAACUUUACCGCUCUGAGGGGCAAAGCGGAGUUGGAAGACGCAAGACACUUACACUCUCAGCCUUGCGUUGCUAUUUGGGAUGACCUGGCGGCCAUGGCACGAUACAGAAUAGCCGACGCUGUGUUUUGCCACGUGUGGUACGACAGCCCCGGCGAUGAAGCCAGCUUGGUCAUGGCGGGCUUGGGAUGCGCGGUCCAUGAUCUGAUCGACGUGGGCCCAGACGUGGCGUGCGGCGAAAUAAGCAACAUCAUUCCCAGCUUGACGAGGGGCGAUCUGUCGAUCGCAGCGCUGAGAUCUGUAUAUGUCGGCAUGGUGGCUGCGAUGGAGUGGUAUGCAGCCUACGACCCCUUCAACACAGCAGCACUCGCCAUCUUGAUGACCCAUUGGUGGCAGCUGGACAAUUUACGCCACAGAACCGUGGCUUUGAUGAGCCGGGUUUCGACGUCGCCAGACUACGCCGUGAGCCCAGAGAAGCUCACAUCGGCCCCGUCAUUUGACACAUUCACGCACACAAACCACCUCAAGUAUGACGAAGGUCAAGCGGUGAUAGAUGAUCAGCGUGAGGAGCUUGACCAUCUUGAAGCGCUAGGCUUUGAGGACAUUCAGGGCCUCAUCAAGACGCUGAUCCGCCCAGUUUUAGACUAUGCUGAUGCAAGAGACAGGCGCCUGCCUAUCGAGAUAACGUAUUGCACCGAGGUCCUUGAAGCGUGCCUUUCGCGCCGUCACUCAGAGAAAGUCAAGGUUCUAUGGCGCCUCGCGUUGAUCAUGUGGAAGUGCGGGGCCAUAUGGGCAACGGUGCUCGCGAGCACACAGUACGCUCACCAGGGAUAUACGAAUUGUGAUCGUGGCCGGGAGGAUCUGGACGAGUCUACCUGGGCGCAGGGAUAG